GUAUUUUGUUGUUGUUGAUGACAUAUGGGAUGUGGAUACAUGGCAUGUUCUUAAGCAUGCAUUUCCGGUGAAAAGUUCAGGCAGUAUCAUAAUCACUACUACUCGUAUAAAUGAUGUUGCUGAAUCAUGUCGUUCAACACCAUUUAGUGGAGAUAUUUAUUGCAUAAGGCCUCUUGACAUGGUGCACUCCAGGCAAUUGUUUUACACAAGAUUAUUCAACGUCGAAGAAAAUUGCCCCUCAUACCUUAAAAAGGUUUCUGAGCAUAUUUUGAGAAAAUGUGCUGGAUUGCCUUUGGCAAUCAUUGCUAUAUCUGGUUUGUUGGCUAAUACUGAAAGGACAGAGGGUCCAUGGAAACAAGUUGAAGAUUCGAUUGGUCGAGCACUUCAAAGAAAUCCCAGUGUUGAAGGAAUGAUGAAGAUACUAUCACUUAGUUACUUUGAUCUGCCUGCUCAUCUGAAAUCUUGUCUUUUAUGUUUGAGUAUAUUCCCUGAAGAUUCUGUUAUCAGUAAGAAAAUUUUGAUAAAGAGGUGGAUUGCUGAAAGAUUAAUUCAUACAGAAGCCGGAUAUAGUACAACAUAUGAGUUUGGUGAAAGGUGUUUUAAUGAGCUCAUCAAUAGGAGUUUGAUCCAACCCGCGGAAACCAACAAAUAUGGUAUGGUAAAGUACUGUCGAAUUCAUGACACAGUUCUUGAUUUCAUCAUAUCCAAAUCCAUCGAAGAAAACUUUGUUACUUUGGUAGGUGUUCCUAGUUUAACUGUUGGCACACGAGUUCGCCGGCUGUCCCUGCAAGCCGGCAAGCAAAAAGAAUUGAUAGUGCCAAAAGGCUUGGUGUUGUCUCAUGUCCGAUCACUUGAUGUGUUUGGAGAAUCUGUGAAAAUCCCUUCUAUGGAUAAGUUCAGGCAUUUGCGUUUUCUGGACUUUGAAGGUUGCAAACAACUGGAGAACCAUCAUCUUAAAAAUAUAGAUAACUUGUUUCAGCUGAGGUACCUGAGCCUUCAUGGGGUGAAGAAAGUAAGCAACCUCCCAGAACAAAUUGGACGCCUAUGGUGCUUAGAGAUACUGGACUUAACUGAUACGUCUGUUUAUGAGUUACCAGCAUCUAUUGUCAAUCUCAAGAGACUGGUGCACCUAUUGGUAAACCUGUAUGUAACACUUCCUUGUGGAAUUCCCAAGCUGCAAGCACUGGAGAAAUUGAAGCAUGUCAAUGUCUAUUGUCAGUCAUUUAACUUCCUGCAAGAAUUUGAGCAGAUGCAGAGUCUUAAAGUAUUGCACCUUCAUUUUGAGGAUUAUUAUUUUGUUGAGGGAAUGGACGCUGAAAAUGAGUCCAAGAAAACUAUUAUUGCCACUUCCCUUACAAACCUAGGGAACCUUCUCUCUCUAACUGUUUGUGACGGCCCUGAAUUUGUAAGGGAGUCUUUGUGCCCUAUGCCACUUAGCCUCCAGAAGCUGAAAGUCUUGAAUUCUAGUAUUCCCCAUGUUCCAAAUUGGGUGGGCUCCCUUAUCAACCUCCAGAAAUUACGCCUUGAAUUGGUGAGAGCUGAGCAGGAAGAUUUAUAUAUCCUUGGAGGCUUACCUGUUCUGCAUUGUCUGAUUCUGAGAAUUGAUGGCCAUGAAAUUAGAAAUACCUCAUUAACAGAAGAGCUCGAAGUUACAAGGGUCAUAGUCUGUGGUGAAGUUGGAUUCCCAUGCUUGAGGAUAUUUAUUUUUGAUAGUCAGUGUGCUGUGAUGAAUUUGACCUUUGCGGCUGGAGCCAUGCCCUUGGUAGAUGACCUCUUGAUAGUAUUUAACGCAGAAGAAACUGGGUCUCCCGGUACCAGCGGUGAUUUUGAUCUCGGAAUAGAAAAUCUCCUCAGCCUCGUUAAAAUCAGAUGUGUAGUAUGGGGAGACGAGGACGACAGAGUUGAGGCUGCAGAAGCUGCCAUUCGGGAAGCAGCCAACGCACAUCCCAACCGCCCUACUCUACGCUUGGACUGAUAAUGCGUUGCCGGAAUCAAGGGUGCAACGCCAAAGGUUCAUCAUCACUGCAUUUCUAAGAUCGAAACAUUCAUCAUUCUCUGCGAGGAUGGAUCUGCCUCCCUGCACCCUGCUGGUACGUACUUAGUCAAACCUAGUA